CCUACCGUUAGGCCCUGAGGUCUCGGCGGCAUGGAGUGAUGGAGCACUGGACGGGGGAGGUAGUAUUUGUUUGUACGGGGUUUGACCUGUGUUUUCCCGAGAAGCUCAAUGACCAUAUUGAGCCUGAGUGGCUGCUUUCCCGGUGCUUUACUAUCUCGUAACCAUACCACUUCAUUUGGCACCAAAAAUUCAAGACCGUCUAGCAGUGUUGUGAUUAAGGUGGCACUUACUCUUACUAGCCGACGAAUUGGAGGUUCUUCGUGCGGCCGUUCCUUUACAGUAGCGUGUCUGGGCGAUGGAGCUAUUAGAAUCACGGAUAUCAUCCAUAACAAGGUUUUGAUAGCUGCUGCUUUAUCUGCUGCAGUCGGGCAACUUUCUAAACCUUUUACGUCAGCCAUAUUUCAUGGGCAAGAUUUUGAUAUCAGGGAAGCCUUUCAGUCUGGAGGGUUCCCUUCGACGCACUCCUCUGUGAGACAUUUUAGCCUUUCUUCCCUAGGCAGCUGUUGCAACAGCCACUUCCAUUGGCCUGGAAAGGGGUUUCUCUGACGCAGUAUUUGGUUUAGCAGUUGUUUAUGCUGGCAUUGUCAUGUACGAUGCACAGGGGGUUAGAAGGGAAGUCGGAGUCCAUGGAAAAGUACUAAACCGGGUUUUGUUAGAGACUUGUUUAGAUCAAAGUUCCUCCAAUGAUGUUCCUUUGACUGAUAAUUUGCAACCAAAAUCAACGUCAAAUGUUCAGAUUCUUGAGCCUUGCUUAUACGAGGAAUUGAGUUCUUUGGAACCAUUGAAAAAGAGUGCCACUGUGUUUGCUACCUCUGGUGCUGAAAGUGGUUCAAAACCAUUGAAGUAUUCUGAGCUGAAAGAAUCGAUUGGUCACUCAGAGAUUGAGGUCAUAGCUGGUGCUUUAUUGGGGUUCUUGGUUAGUGUAGCUCUUUUCAGUUUUCAUAUUUGAAAGGGUGAAGACCUCUAUUAAUUCCAGAGGGUAUGUUUUUGACAAUCUUGUAUGCUUUUGUCAUCUAAGAAUGAUUUUUACUCCACUUUUAAAAUCUUGAGCCUAAAAGAGCUCACUUAUAAAUUAAAUGGCACUUGUACUCUGCAUAACAUUUGAAAAGUUGUCUUUUCAUAAUCCAUUGUCUCAUCUUACAAGUUUUAUUUGUUUGUUUCUUGUACCUUCAACUAUUUGAAUUUUCCCUUUUUGAAAUCCAU